AGGAUCAAAAAAAGAGAGAAAACUUUGGAAAGCAAGAAGACCACUCUAUCUCCACAUCACCAGUAAAUUCCCAAAAAUGCAAACUUUCCUACUGCCGGCAGCUCGUUCCGGCAGUGCACCACCGCCGUCAACACUAACUAAACAACACUCAUCACCGAAUCUCCGGCGACCUCUCUCCGCCCUAAAGUUUCCAUCUUUACCAACUCACACCCCCCUUUCAUUCACACCUUUUUCACUACAAAUUUAUCAGAAUAAUAAUCAAAUUUCAAGAAACCCCAUAACUAAAAUUGCUUCAGCCCCUAUUUCUGCCACCUAUAAUUCCCCAAAUGAAGAUUCAGAAAAAGCAAAACUUGCUCAGGUUGCAAAGAGAUUAGAGAGUACCUCAAGGUAUUUCAAGAGGUUAGGUAGCUUAGGAUUUUGGGGGCAGCUUGUUUGUACGAUUGUAGCUGCGGUUAUCCUUUCGUUUUCGGUUGUGAUUACCGGGAAGAUUACGUCACCGGCUACAUUUUAUGCUACUGCUGGUGGUAUUGUAGCUGGUUUCGUUUCAGUGUUUUGGUCGUUUGGUUAUAUUCGUCUUUCUGACAGGCUUCGGAAAACUGUCAAUGACCCUUCAAAGGCACCUCCUCGUGCUGAUGUUGUGAAGAACUUGAAAAGUGGGAUAGUCAUGAACCUUUUGGGUAUGGGUGCUGCCAUCCUGGGGAUGCAAGCUACUGUUGGCCUGCUAGUGGCCAAGGCCCUCACAACAUCAUCUAACCCCUAUUACCAGGGCAUCUCUCCUGGGAAUAGCCCUGUCCUUGCGUUGGAUGUUUUCUUGGUCCAGGCGGGUGCAAAUACAAUCCUAUCACAUUUCUUGGGACUUGUGUUUUCUUUGGAGUUACUCCGCUCGGUCACAGUACCACCUUCAGAUGGCAUCCCUGUUCCUCGGGCAGCAUAAGCUUUUUCACUUGCAGACUGAACAAGGCUUACUUUAGGCUGGUGUUACAAACAAUGAGUGGCUGAACAAGCCUUUUGUGUUGCUUGAUGGUAGUUAUAUCUUUUGCUCUGAAAUUGAACAAUUUGGUAGACAUUGUGUAGUGUGCUUUAACCAAGGUCUAGUGAUCUCUUCCCAAGAGUAAGAAAUUUGUUGCAUAUAUAUACGUUUUCAGUGAUUUUGUAACAAUCUUUCUUUCCAAAUAAGAAAAUGGCAGUUCAUACAUCAA